AUGGAGAGGUCUAGAUGUGAUUAUUCACAACCUCGUUAUGAUCGACCAUUAACUGCUGCUAUAACACAAACAUGUAAACCUGAAACAUCAGCUUGUUUUAAAGAAACAUCAGCUUGUUUUAAAGAAACAUCACCUUGUUAUAAAGAAGUAUCACCUUGUUUUAAAGAAACAUCACCUUGUAUUCAAAGUGAUUUCGUAUUUGCUCAUCAUCCUCGAACUCUUGCGUUUGGUCGAAAAGUCAGACAAGAUCAUUUCGAUGUCUGUCAUCCAACUUAUUCGUAUGGUUCAUGCUAUUGUUCCACACCUGUGUCAUAUAAACCGAUGUGCCGUUGUGGUUCAAGUUGUUACUGUGAUAAUAUGGGAAAGAUAACCUAUAGAGAUCAACGAUGUCGACCUGCUCGUGCUACGUUUACAUGUCUUAGGGAAUCAGUGCCAAUUAUUCAACGAGUAUGCGUACGGCCUUGCCCUUCAUCUUGUUUUGAUUUACGAAAAAAAGAAAAAAUAACAAUUGUCAGUGGACAGCAAACAAGUUGUGGCGACAAAGAAAGAUACACCGAACAUCAUCAAACAUAUUUUGAACCACGCAGCACGACAUCAAGAUCAUACAAUACAUAUUUGGACUCUGAAAACAAUUAUAACACUCCUUCAACACAAUUACAACAACAUGAAGUUACCUCAAACACUUCCUAA